AGAGCUGUGAUUGGUGGAAGUUCAGUUUCCGGGAGUUAAAUGUGAGUUAGUGACAUUUCCGUUCCGCAGCGAGACGGAGGAGAGAGAAUGGCUGCUGGAGGAGAUAUAGGUAAGCUUUUACAAGUACAGAAUGGGAUUCCUGCAAACACAAACUGCAAUGGGAUGGACCCACUUCAUGCUUGUAACAUUCUCCAGCAGCUUAAGUCUAUGUAUGAAGAGGAACAGCUGACAGAUAUUGUGGUAGAAGUGGAUCAUGGAGAAACAUUCUCUUGUCACAGAAAUGUUCUUGCUGCAAUUAGUCCUUAUUUCAGGUCUAUGUUCACUAGUGGCCUUACUGAAAGCACCCAGAAAGAAGUCAGGAUUGUUGGAGUUGAGGCAGAAUCAAUGCAUCUUGUUCUAGACUAUGCAUAUACCUCCAAGGUCACACUAUCAGAGACAAAUGUCCAGGCUCUGUUUACGGCAGCUAGCAUCUUCCAAAUACCACCCCUGCAGGAUCAGUGUGCCCAGUUCAUGGUUAGCCGUUUGGAUCCCCAGAAUUGCACUGGGGUCUUUAUGUUUGCGGAUGCUUAUGGUCAUCAGGAACUCAAAGACAAGUCACGAGAUUACAUCCGAAAAAAGUUCCUAUGUGUCGUCAAAGAACAAGAGUUCCUUCACUUGACUAAAGAGCAGCUAGUCGGCAUACUUAACAGUGAUGACCUUAAUGUUGAGAAGGAAGAACAUGUAUACGAUAGCAUUAUCCACUGGCUUGAGAAUGACCGAGAGAAAAGGGAGAUGCACCUUUCAGAGGUGUUCGCCAAAUGUAUUCGCCUACCUCUAUUGGAAGAGGCAUUUCUAAAGAAAAUUCCUCCCAACUUUGCACAGGCUUUGGCAAUGGACUGGAUGGACAAAGGGAAGUCUAGUGGUACCAACGGCUGUACACAAAGGCUGGGGAUGACUGCUUCAGAAAUGGUAAUGUGUUUUGACGCAGCACAUAAACACUCAGGAAAGAAACAAACAGUGCCUUGUCUAGAUACCGUCACAGGGAAAGUGUUCAAGCUAUGCAAACCACCGAAUGACUUGAGAGAAGUUGGGAUUUUGGUAUCCUCUGAAAACGACAUUUAUAUUGCAGGGGGUUACAGGCCAAGCAAUAGCGAGGUCUCUAUAGACCACAGAGCAGAGAGUGACUUCUGGAUGUAUGAACACGCAGGUAAUCGGUGGUUGCCCAAGAGUCCCCUGUUGCGAGCGCGAAUUGGGUGCAAGCUGGUUCAUUGCUGUGCUAAGCUUUAUGCUCUUGGGGGUCGUGUUUAUGAAGGAGAUGGUCGCAAUGCACUCAAAUCUGUGGAGUGCUAUGAUACUCGAGACAACUGUUGGACAGCUGUUAGCCCAAUGCCGGUUGCAAUGGAGUUUCACAGUGCUGUUGAAUAUAAGGAUCAUAUCUAUGUUUUACAAGGGGAAUACUUCUUUUGUUAUGACCCACAUAAAGACUACUGGGGUCACCUGCCUCCCAUGACUGUGCCUCGAACCCAAGGACUUGCUGCGCUGUACAAGAAUUCCAUCUACUACAUAGCAGGAAUCUGUAGAAAUCAUCAACGCACUUUCACGGUGGAAACGUAUGACAUUGAGCAGAACGCUUGGACUCGAAAGAAAGACCUGCCAUUUGACCAGGCUGCUAGCCCAUAUAUUAAACUGAUAAUUCUUCAUGACCAAUUGCAUUUGUUUGUGAGGGCUACCCAGGUCACUGUGGAGGAGCAUGUUUUUCGAACCAGUCGAAAGAACUCCCUGUAUCAGUAUGAUGAAGACUCAGACCAGUGGAGAAAAGUGUAUGAAACUCCCGACAGGCUUUGGGAUCUUGGCCGCCAUUUUGAAUGCAUUGUUGCCAAACUCUAUCCACAGUGUCUUCAGAAAGUUAUUUGAAAAAGAGGUAUCAGUCAGGAUGUCUGGUGCUACAAUUUGCUUGUCUCUGGUACUAUCAGCAUUUGCAGUAUGGGGGAAUGAUUGUCUUAAACAUUAAGGUUUAUAUAAAAAAAAAAAAAAUGGGUGAUUUAUUUAAAGCUUGCAGUAUAAUUCAAUCACUACUAAUUACUUUUGCUGAUACUUAACAUUUGUACAAGGAUUCAUAAGUGCAAUUAUUGUCUGUCUUCUGCAUAUUUUGAGCCAUUUUAUUAAGUAGCAUUUUAGAUGGUUGGUUGGUAGGUUAGGAUUUUAAAAUUAAAUGAAACGAAAUCUAGAAUUCUGGUAACUCUAAAGACCUGUUCUGUGUAUUUAAAUUAUUCAUACGGGUAUGCACAGCAUUUUUGUUGACAGGUAGUUCUUUGAUAUUUUCUGAAGGUCAACACUUGAUUUAAAAGCAUUCAGGAUAUAUUCAGACUGGUGGGCCUGCUCUUCAUGAGAUUAUUUGAUGUAGAGAUGUACCAUUUUAAUGGGGAGAAUGUAAUUUGUAAGGAAGGGUAGUUCAGUAUAAAUAUAAUUUUGAUUUUGUUACUUAUUUGUGGUGGGGGAUUGGGUUAAAACAUUGCAUGUAGAAUGUAGAACUGCUGCAAUGUUGGCUCAAUUUCAGUUAUUUAUGUUUAGCCUGCAAGUGUAUAUUGCUACUGUUUGAAUUUUAAAGUGACAUUGGGCAAAUUUUUAGGUUUUUCUUAAAUGCAUUAUUUCUGUUCUACCACAAUACACCUGUGUCAUUAAAAAAUAUAAAUAGCUUGUGCUGAGCACUACAUUGUAGGAAGAAAUGUAUUGAUAUAAAAAAAAACCCUGAAUUGCUGUGGCCGGAUUUGCCUGGGGUUUUUAAUUUCAUUCACUGCGUUGCUGAAAGGAGGGACCAAGCCUGAUAUUCCGUCUUUCACGUGUAAAUACAACUCCAAAGCAGUUUUAACUUGACUCAACAGUGUGAAUAACUUUUGAAAAAACUCUUGAAAACCUUUGAACAACAGUAGAGAAUUCAGAGGUGCCCUAUGUCAUUUAAAAUUCCUGAAGAAACAACUGAGUUGGAGUAGCAAUAAUGCUGAAUCAUAAAAUUAGUAAUAGUAUAAACUAUUGCAGCUUCUUUUUUCAAGUGUGUUUUCUACAGUUUAACAGUAUUAAUAUUUUUGCAUUAUUUAUAGUAGGUUUGCUUAGAUUGUAUUCUGAACAACAUGUGUGUUAUUUAGAUUUUAGAUUUUGUGGAGUUUAACAUUUGUGGUUCAUUUUAUGCAAACAUGUCACAAAGUCCUUAACAUGCCUACUGAUCCAUUAACCAAGAUUGAGACAUGCUGUAUACUUGGAGGUUCGUUUGUUCAACCUGUAGCCCUCUGGGAUACUGCUGGAUAUUUUAGAGCAUUUACAGUACCAGAGAAUGCCCCUGCUGCAUUAAACAAUUAUUUUUUUGGGGUAAUCCCAGGAUCACUAAAUGUUUUAAAAUAUAUAUAAUCAAGCUCCUGUUUAUCAAGGUGUUGUAUAGCCUAGGUUGUUCAAAUCAACCCCUUAGCCUUUAAUGUGUACCUUCAACGUCAACAUCUUAAUUGUUUCUGAAAAAUAAAUCUUAGUCAUUGUUAAGCUUCGUAGCUGCAAACUUUGAAGCACCACUUUUUUUUUUUUUUUUUUUUUAUGAUGUAUGUUUAAGGUAUUUAUGUUUAGUUUAAAAUGUGUUAUGUGUUGGUGCUGCUUUUUUGACAAUCUUUUGUAUUUAUAGAGUAGAGACAAAGUGUAUGUUUUAUGGUGUGUAAGCAUUUAAUUCUCAUGUAGAAUGUAGAGUUAGCCAAUAAGUAAUCUAGUAAAUUAUAAUAUGAAAGUACCUGCUGUGGUACCUUUACAACCAUUUUGCACAAUAUCUGUGGAAUUUUAUAUUUGCACUACACAUUCAUCAUUUCACAAAGUAAAAUGAAACUUUCCCCCCAAAAGAAUGAUACAACCAUCUAGAAAUACUAAGAAGUCAGUUAAUGGUCUGUAUUGUACAUAAGAAUACAAUAGCAUUACUGUGACAGCUGUAGCAUGCAGGUCUAACUUCUUACAAAAAGAUGAAAUCCCCCCAAUAAGGAUUGUUUUUGUGUGUGUGAAACGAACAUCUAAAGCAGCUAACAAUAUUGCAUGUAAAUACUAAGAUAUGAAAAUAAAAUGAAGCAGAACUGCUUUCAGUUGUGGAUUUUGCCAUCAUUAACACGACCAGCACUGUUUUAGCUGGGAGCUUUGUAGUCUGUUAAGCAGUGACUUGAAAUGUAUGAUUCUCAGGAUUAUAGCAAUACACAGUACUGUAUUUGUAUAAAUCUGUAUGAUAUACUGGAAAACGUUUGCUGUACUUGCACAUGUUUUGGGGUAUCUACUAGUUUUAUUUCAGCUUGAAGCAUAGAUGUGUAUUACUUGGUUUAAAUAGUUAAAAUAAGUGCAGCUUUGCUCUGUUGAAACAUACUAAAUAUGAUUGGCCAUAAUGUAUAGUCAAAAUAAAAUGUUAAUUGAAUGUUUUCUUUUUUGUUUCCUUUACAAUAUUUUCAAGAUUGAUUUAAUACAGAAUAAUGGAUAAAAGAAGAAGUUUCUGUCAGUUUGAUUGGGGUUUUCUGUAACAUUUAAAUCUCAAACUCUGAAUAUGAUCACUAAGUUGAAUUUCUUUUAAUGCCACGUGUUUGCAUCCAUUAUCAGGUGUAGUGGCAGGGGUUUAUGUGGUAAAGUGAAGUAUUUUGUGUUUGCAAACGCUGCUAAUGGCAUCGCAAAGGAAAUUACUAUUCUGUGUAAGAAGUGUUCUUAACAAUAAGUUAUAUAAAUUUUGCAUUGAAUUUGCAUGUAUCUUCAAAAUUAAAUAAAUAAAUAAAAUUACAAA